ACCAGGUCAUAAAAUUAAAAAAAUAGUUUUAUGACGUUGACAGCUUGACAGCAAGAUGUUUACGAAAUUGAACAUGUUUACACUUUGACUCCAUUUGACUUCUAUUUCAUAGUUCAUGUUCACUUCGUUUAUAUAAGAUAAUUAGGACAAGUGAUUCUUAUCGUUUUUUUCUAUUUGUUUUACAUAACUUGUUGUGAUAAACUUCUACAAACGCUGCAAGAUAUUUUAGUGGGAUCUGUACAUUUUUAUUUCACAUGUAAAUACCGAUCCUUGAUAAUAAAAGCGCGUUUAGUCGUAUAUCGAAAGCGAAUUAUUAGUUAUAUUACAUUUAACCCAAGUAAAACCAUGAAAGGUUACUCGAAAAGCUUUUUAAUUUUACUGCGCGCCACAGCAUUAAAGUCUGAUGCGAAAUUACCUCUAAUCAGGCCCAUUUUUGGCAAUGAAUCGAGAUUUUACAGUGAUGUCGCCACCGUUGCAAAUAAAGCGGAUUUGACCUCAGCGGCGGUGAAAUCGGCAGCACCUCUAAACGAUCUUCUAGGCCGGCGUCAUGACUAUCUACGUAUAUCACUUACCGAGAGGUGUAAUUUAAGAUGUCAGUAUUGCAUGCCCGCUGAGGGGGUGUCUCUAACUCCGAAACCAGAUUUAUUGACAAAGGAAGAGCUGUAUCGACUUGUGAAUGUGUUUGCUUCCCUCGGAGUGCAUAAGAUAAGACUCACUGGGGGUGAACCAACUCUACGAUCUGAUUUAGCCGAAAUUAUUGAACAGUUAUGCAGUGUCCCUGGUAUCCGUAAUGUGGCAAUGACCACCAAUGGAUUGGUGUUGACAAGAAGGCUACCGGCAUACCAACGCGCUGGCCUAUCAGCAAUCAAUGUUUCACUUGACUCCCUCCAACCUGACAAAUACGAGCGCAUGGCUCGACGACCGGGACUGAAGAAGGUCCUGGCAGGAAUAGACCUGGCACUGCAGCUCGGCUACCGGCCUGUCAAAGUGAACACGGUGCUCAUGCGAGGGUUCAAUGAUGAUGAGAUAUGCGAUUUUGUGGAGUUCACACGAGAUAGAGAAGUGGAAGUUAGGUUCAUCGAGUUCAUGCCGUUCUCCGGCAACCGCUGGGACGACAGUCACAUGGUGCCGCACGAGGAGGCGCUGCGGGCCGUGCGCCUCGCCUUCCCGCGCCUCGCGCCCACACUGCCCCGCGCAUGCGACACCGCCGCGGUGUGGCAGGUGGAGGGGCACGCGGGCAGCGUGGGGUUCAUCUCCUCCAUGACGCAGCCCUUCUGCUCCUCCUGCAACCGGCUGCGACUCACCGCUGACGGCAAUCUCAAGGUGUGCCUGUUCGGUGCGGCGGAGGUGUCGCUGCGCGCGGCGCUGCGUGCUGGUGCCUCGGACGCAGAAGUUGAGACCCUCAUCCGCACCGCGCUGCGCAACAAGAAGCCGCAGCAUGCAGCCAUCACACUCAGAGCCAUCGUAACGGACUUUCUCACACUGGUCAUGUUACACUGGACAUCUGCACCGGCUUACCGCUUCUCACUAAUUCGCAUGCAGAAUCUCGCGCGUAUGGAGAACCGUCCAAUGAUACUGAUAGGAGCGCGCCGCCUGCCGCGCCCACGCCCACGCCCGCGUGCGCGCCCACACGCCCUCGCCCUCGCCCGCCGCCCCGCCGCGCCCGCGCCCCUCGCCGCGCGCGCCUAUUGCACCGCGCCCCCCACGCUCUCGCAUCUAGACGGCGAGGGCCGCGCGCGCAUGGUGGACGUGGGCGGCAAGAAGGUGACGGCGCGCGCCGCCGAGGCGGAGUGCCUGGUGCGCGUGUCGGCGCGUCUGCUGCGGCUGCUGCGCGACGCCAGUCUGCCCAAGGGCGACGCGCUGACGGUGGCGCAGGUGGCGGGCGCGCUGGCCGCCAAGCGCACAGCCGACCUCAUCCCCAUGUGCCACCCGCUGGCGCUCGACUACGCCCGCGUGCGCAUCACGUUGCCGCGCGGCGAGUGCGCGCACGGCGGCCUGGUGCGCGUCACGUGCGCCGCCGCCGCCACCGCACGCACCGGCGUCGAGAUGGAGGCGCUGACGGGCGCCGCGCUGGCCGCGCUCGCGCUCUACGACAUGUGCAAGUCCGUGGACCGCCACAUGAUCAUCACUGACCUCCGUGUCCUCACCAAGUCGGGCGGCGCCCACGACUUCGGCGGACCGCCGGCGCAGGAGUCCGCCCCCGCCCACGCAGUGCGCGCCCACGACACCUCGCCCAUAAAGCCCAACGAGACGUACGCGCCCACUGACCUCAUGCACUUCUAGAUGAUGCCGCUCAAUCUCUCUUAGAUUCGUGUCGUUCCAACUUUUAUGGAGGUCGGCCAAAUAUAUUUGCAAAUCGAUUUAUUAAUAUUUUUGUAAGGAAUUGUUAGAUAUUUGAGAAACAAAGACAUUAUUUUUACUUUUGUUAAGAUUUAUUAAAGUUGUGAUUUUUUUUUUGCUGUAAAUUUGCCAUUGUUUGGCAGCUCUCGGUGCUCAUAUAGUUACAUAUUUCCAGUACUAGUUUAUUAUAUAGUAAGGUAUAACAUAGAGCAAGCUUCACAUUAGUACUUUGAACAGUUAAAUACUCCGUCCUAGCAACUAGACAGGAAUCACUGCUUAGUGUCUUGUAUUGCGCUUUCAUAUAGUUGUUUCAACAGUUGGUCAUUCCUAACCCAGUCUAGUAUUAAAGCUAGUGAAAUAACAUUUUAAACAAAUCCUUGCCAUGCAAGGAAGAUAUGGAGACGGCAUGAAAAAAAACCCCAGUCUAUAGUAACAAAGUUGUGCAUAUUCCGUCUAUUGUUUUUUUUUAUAAUUUUAUUGUCAUAGGUUGUGGUAAGCACAUAAUUUCAAAUAAUUAAUGCAACUAUUUAAUAUGUGGUUUUGGUUAAGCUUAAGACUUACAACUUUUUAUAACCUAAAUGUGCUUUAGUACACAGAGCCAGAAUGUUCGAUGUUGUAUUGUAAAUCACUUUAUUUUUCACUGGAAGUGUCAAGUCUAUGGUAAGAGAAAAUAUUGGAAUCACCUGGACAUGAGAAGACUGGAAAUAAGAAUCUAUUUUGAUAGUGAUUUUUAUAAUAUAUAUAAAAUAUGAAAUGUUUAUUGGAUUUGAAUAAUUUUUAGAUUUAAAAAAGU